UUGGAGUGUUAGUGUGACCAUGGUUGAACUAGUUACACUAGUGUUGUUGCUUACCAUCACCGGUGUUGUUGUAGCGGAAGGAGAGUCAGCAGCUGGAGCCAAGAAAGAGUGCUACGCUAACCCGAAUGGCGACAAGAUGGAUCCCAACAACAUCUACACAUGUGUGUCUCCUCAGACCUGUUGCCAGGAGAACGCUGUUCCCACCUGUUGCGCCACUAAAGAAACUUCAGAAGCAGUUGUGGGACAGGCGCAGUUGUGGGGCACUCUGGCGGGGUUGAUCAUAGUGGUGGCACUACUAAUGUGGUACUGUCGUCAUGAUGGUGACUGUUGUGGCAACACCAAGGGCAAGAUUGGUUGCUGCUGCUGUACCCGCGAUGAAGUACCAGACAACGCCAACACUGAUAUUGAAAAGGUUAAGCUUCCUCCUGAGCCAGAGAAGCUUCCUGCUGCUCCAGUAAAUAAAGACUUAGUUGACAUCGAGAGUGAUGUAGUUCCUUAAGAUGUCUGCACUGCUUGUAAGAUGCCACACUGACAUUUCAACCUCUUACAACGCUCCAAGACUACUUUAAAUCACAACUUGUCUUAAUCAAAAACUGAACGAGUGGAACGAGUAUAGAGAGAGAGACAGAGACAGAAUCUUAAAAAUACGUUAAUUUUCCCUACUAUUCGUACUUAACUGAGAAAGGAAGUACAUAAUGCCAGAAUAUUAAGGCUAAGACUAAUACAACUUAUGUAUGAUGAAGUGUGUGUGUGUUUGUCUGUGAACACUGUUCUCACAUUCUAUUAUUCUUCUACUAUAAGUGUAAAGUUAAGAUCAUUGUUUACUACUGUGGUAGAGUGCAACACUCACAGUGUAGUAACAGUAGCAGCUGUCAUAUUUACUACUGUGGUAGAGUGCAACACUCACAGUGUAGUAACAGUAGCAGCUGUCAUAUUUACUACUGUGGUAGAGUGCAACACUCACAGUGUAGUAACGGUAGUAGCUGUCAUAUUUACUACUGUGGUAGAGUGCAACACUCACAGUAUAGUAACGGUAGCAGCUGUCAUAUUUACUACUGUGGUAGAGUGCAACACUCACAGUAUAGUAACGGUAGUAGCUGUCAUAUUUACUACUGUGGUAGAGUGCAACACUCACAGUAUAGUAACGGUAGUAGCUGUCAUAUUUACUACUCUGGUAGAGUGCAACACUCACAGUAUAGUAACGGUAGCAGCUGUCAUAUUUACUACUGUGGUAGAGUGCAACACUCAGUGUAGUAACGGUAGCAGCUGUCAUAUUUACUACUGUGGUAGAGUGCAACACUCACAGUGUAGUAACGGUAGCAGCUGUCAUAUUUACUACUGUGGUAGAGUGCAACACUCACAGUGUAGUAACGGAAACAGCUGUCAUAUUUACUACUGUGGUAGAGUGCAACACUCACAGUAUAGUAACGGUAGCAGCUGUCAUAUUUACUACUGUGGUAGAGUGCAACACUCAGUGUAGUAACGGUAGCAGCUGUCAUAUUUACUACUGUGGUAGAGUGCAACACUCAGUGUAGUAACGGUAGUAGCUGUCAUAUUUACUACUGUGGUAGAGUGCAACACUCACAGUAUAGUAACGGUAGCAGCUGUCACAUUUACUACUGUGGUAGAGUGCAACACUCACAGUAUAGUAACGGUAGCAGCUGUCACAUUUACUACUGUGGUAGAGUGCAACACUCACAGUAUAGUAACGGUAGCAGCUGUCAUAUUUACUACUGUGGUAGAGUGCAACACUCAGUGUAGUAACAGUAGCAGCUGUCAUAUUUACUACUGUGGUAGAGUGCAACACUCACAGUAUAGUAACGGUAGCAGCUGUCAUAAUUACUACUGUGGUAGAGUGCAACACUCACAGUGUAGUAACGGUAGCAGCUGUCAUAUUUACUACUGUGGUAGAGUGCAACACUCACAGUGUAGUAACAGUAGCAGCUGUCAUAUUUACUACUGUGGUAGAGUGCA